AUGGGGCCUGAAGAUGUGGAGACUCUGACUUCAGGCCUGGGCGCGCAGAGGGCCCAGGCCAUCCGCACGCUCAGGACUCCGCACACGUCUCAAUCUGGGAAGUCCCGGGGAGGCGGCGGUCGCCGGCUCCCCAACACUGUGCGGGGACUCCCUCAUUCCCCCCUGAAACGGAAACUCGCCAGGGCCGAAGCCGGGUGUAUUGCGUCUGAGGGCGCCCGCAGCGCGGGUGGCAUCCCGCAUCCGGUGCUCCACGGCCCUCUCCCGCCCUUCACCUUCGCUCCGCCUGCCGAGACCCGCCGGCCGCGCGCCGCGCUCAGCGCCCCCUGGUGGCAGGAAGCUGCGCGCCACCUCCGCUUUGUGGGCUCAGGGCUCAGCCGCUUCCCACCGCCCAGGGCGCACUCCCAGCUCCAAAGAGAGCAGGGACACCAGGCCAAAAAGCACCCCAGACAGCCCCCAGAGGAUAGUCACGUGACUGAAAAGCACAAGUUGGUCGGUAGUUGUGCUCACGACCUGCAGGAGUCGAACCUGCGGCUUCGGGAUCUGAAAGGCCACACGAAACCCAAAGUAACCACUUCGCCGUCCUCCCAAAGUCCCUGCCAGGCGGCUCUGGGCCCUGGGCGCAUGUCGGCCUGGAGGAUCAAUAGCGAUCCUGCGAGGGUGGACGCUGCGAGGCCCACCCAACCUGAGAGGCGCUGCCCCGUGUCCUUGGGGAAACGCUUCCCUUGCCUUUGCUUCCUCUGCUCCCUGGUGACCUACUCGCUGGUGGGGGCCGUCCUCGUCUCUGCCAUUGAGGGCGGCCAGAACCUCGGGGCAGACGAUUAGGAGUUUGAGGAGUUCUUAGAGAAGCUCUGCAACAUCUUGAAAUGCAGCAGAACAGUUGAGGAAAGCAGGAAGCAGAGUCUCUGGAGGCUGCUGCUGAAGGUGAAGCCCCAGUGGCUGGCCAGGUUCUCAGACUGGUUCUUCCUGAGCGCGCUCUUUUUCUGCUGCACAGUGUUCACCACUGUGGGUUACGGCCACGUCUGCCCCGUCACCAGGCUGGGCAAGUACUUGUGCCUACUCUGUGCACUCUUGGGCAUCCCCCUCGUGUUCCUGGUCCUCAUGGACACAGGCAACAUCCUGGCAGCCAUCUUAUCGACGUCUUACAACAGCUUCCGGAAACUCCCUUUCCAGACCCCUCACAUCCCCAAGUGGCGACCCUGAAUGCUUUGCAAGAGAAGGCCUAAUGCCAAGCCUGGAGAUGAGGUCAUCAUCAGUGCUGAGGAGCUGCCGGGCCUCACACCUGGCCAGGGCCCUCCAGCCCAGAGCCACAGAGCGGAACUGUUGGAGCGACUUCUUGCAUGAGAGAAGCAGAACACGCUGCAGCUACCCCCCCCAGGCAUGGAAGGGAGCAGCUUGUGCCCUGAGCUGGUGUCGGGGAGACUCUCCGCCUGCAUCAUCAGCGACCUGGAUGAAGUCGGGUGACAGGUGGAGAGGUAGGAUGUGCCCCUUGCCCUUAUUGCCCUCAUUGUGUUUGCCUGCAUUGCCUGUGCGGCCACCGUUCUCCCCAUCUGGGAGGAGCAGCUGGCCUUCGAGGACGCCUUUUACUUCUGCUUUGUCACCCUGACCACCAUCGGGUUUGGGGAUAUCGUUCUGGAGCACCCAAACAUCUUCAUGUUCUUCCCCAUUUAUAUUAUUGCUGGGAUGGGGAUUGUGUGUAUUGCUUCCAAGUUGGUGCAAAACAGGUUGAUUCACAUCUGCAAAAAGCUCAUGCUGUUCUUUGCAGGAGGGAAGUUCUACCACCGUUAA